AUGACAACUCAGAAUCAGCCUAUUAAAGUGGCCUUUGUUUGCCUUGGAAAUAUUUGCCGUAGUCCUAUGGCUGAAGCUGUCUUUAAGAAGGUGGUGCAAGACAAUGAUUUGUCUGACUGUUUCUCAGAAAUAACUUCAUUUGGAACGGCUGCUUAUCAUACAGGCGAAACUCCAGAUCAUAGAACUGUUAGGGUCUGCAAGGAGCGUAAUGUCCCUAUAAAUCAUCGAGCCCAGAAGAUUUCCGCAGAUCACUUCAACCACUUCGAUUACAUCAUCUGCAUGGAUAAUGCCAACUUGCAUACUUUGAAAUCCAGAAACCCUGGCAAUUCUAAAGCUGUCGUUCAACUUUUUGGACAUUGGAAAGAAGAUUCCUUGGUUUCAGAAGAGGUGAAUGAUCCUUACUAUGGGGGAGUGGACGGUUUCGAAGCAUGCUACCAGCAAUGCUACCACUUCAGCCAAGUGUUUAUAAAAAGAGAACUAGAUUAA